ACUCAUAAGUUUGAAAGCAAAGCUGCACCGAGCUCAACUCCACCUACCCGUUAUUGAGUAACACCGGCGUCACUUUCUAAAUCUAGCCCAUAUUUAUCGAACAGACCGGCAGUCGUGCUAUGAGGAUAUACCGGAGGCGAUAACCGUGCUGUCCUGGGCGAGCUCUUUUGGAAUAAUCAAUCAGUCGGAGAUUGUUGACGAAUAUAACUGACCUGAGUGCGCGCGCGAGGACCUAAAGAAUGUCGCGCGACCCGGAGGAGGUGAAUAAACUGACCGAGAGCACUUACAAGAAUGUUAUGGAACAGUUCAACCCGGGGUUACGUAACCUCAUAAACCUGGGAAAGAGCUAUGAGAAAGCCGUUUCAGCCAUGGCCCUGGCUGGAAAGCAGUACUUUGAUGCCGUAUCUAAGAUCGGAGAGAACGCAGCCGUAUCUCCAGUGUCCAGAGAACUGGGGGUUGUUCUGAUGGAGAUCUCGGACGUCCACAGAAAAGUGAAUGUAGAGCUGGAGGAGAACUUUAAACGCUUUCAUCGGGAAGUUAUUGCGGAGUUGGAGAAGAAAACAGACAUGGAUGUGAAAUACAUGACGGCCACGUUUAAGCGAUACCAGACGGAGCACAGAAUGAAACAGGACUCGCUGGAGAGAUCACAGUCAGACCUGAAGAAGCUCAAGAGGAAAAGUCAGGGAAAGAACGCCUCAAAAUACGAGAGCAAAGAGAACGAGUGUAUAGAGACUCUCACUCACCGUCAGAUGGACAUGCAGAAGUUCAUCGCUGAUGGCUGCCGUGAAGCUCUCCUGGAGGAGAAGAGACGCUUCUGUUUCCUGGUGGACAAGCACUGCAACUUCUCUUUUCAGAUUUCAGCUUUCCAUGACAAGGCUCGAGAGCUGAUGAUGGAGAACCUGAACACCUGGCAGGACAAAUGUUGUGAUGCAACCAAUGUCCCAGAUAGCGUGAUAUCCAUGAUCGAAGGUCUACGCACUCCAGUCUUCAACACUCCUCAGGCAUCUCCAGCCCCCCAGCGCCACAGCAGGCUAAACCCAGAAGCAAUGAUUCCACCUCCAGCACCUCCUCAGACGAGUCCACUGGCCAACAUGUUUAAUCAAGAAACCCCCAGACAGGAAAGAGAGUCAGACCGCAACAAUGAGGACAAUUUAUUGUCCAGAUCUGUGUCGAUGGCCACUGGUCUCAAUCACAUAGACAAAAGACCUAAAGUGCGCACCAUUUUCCCCCACAAGUCUGGAAAUAACAGCACGCUGCUGAGCUUUGAUGAGGGUGACAUUAUCACGCUGCUGAUCCUGGACGAGAAGGACGGCUGGCUAUAUGGAGAACUGCAAAAAAAUAAGCAGCGCGGCUGGUUUCCAUCCUCUUACUGUCGUGCAUACACGGAGCCAGCAGUAAAUAACAGUAUGGAUAGCAAUCCUCCCAUGCGCAGUAAGAGUGUGGUCAACCUCAUGCAGUACAACACAGAAGAUGAGAUGAUGGUUCUGCCUCCAGCCGACUACAGCGACUCUCCUGCCAGAAGAAAUUCCACCGCGAGUCUGAAUCCAAUGUACACACCUUCACAUAAAAAAACAGUGCCUCAGUCAAACGGGCUGCCAAAGCAUCCAAUAUUAGGGGGAGGGAAUCCAUUUACUACGGUAAAACUUCGACCCACAGUCACAAAUGACAGAUCCGCCCCCCUCAUCUAACCAGAGUUAGGCCUUAAUGCAUUCACAAUGCAGUUAACAAUGAACUGGGCUCCCUUAAACAUGCAUUUCUACAGGGAUGGUAUUGGACGGAGAGAGCGCACCAUAUGCACACAUGCACCAUAUACUGUUGAACCACUUUAUUUAUGUUUAUUGCUUUUAGUACUUGGCCUAAGAGAGACUCUGAGAGGUGAUCCAGGUACAUUUGGUCGUAAGUAGUUGUUGACUUCCAGUUGUUGGGAGUAUCGUCAUGUAAAUAACACAAUAGUGGCUGUGAUCUUAAAAAUAAUAAUAAUGUCCUCGUAUAGUUCCAAAACCAUACAAUGGUGGCCAUUCACUUUUAAUGUAUGGCAUUGAGCAGCCAUUUUGCUAGAUAUCUCUGAAAGUUUGAGGGCGAGUAAAUGAUGACGAGAUUUCAACACGUGCACGACUUGACGGGAAUGCAGAAAAUUCCUGAUGAUGGUGAUGUGAAGUACUGAAUAUUAACCUGGACUCUGCUCUUUAACUCUUGAGCUUCAUUAUCAUGGGCUUGGCUUGACCUGAUGGACUCUCUAGAAUGAUAAAGAAAGUAUUAUGAAGCUUAUAGAUUGGAGACAGUAGGAUGAAAAAGCACAUGCUUGUUUACUAGAGUUAGCUGGCUAACUCGGUCAGCUGGCCCAUUGAAAUAAAAGCUCUUUUAUUUGAGCUUUUUAGCUAAAACUGUCUUUAACAAGUCAAGUGAUCACGUUCUUUUAGAAAAAAAAAUUAGCUUUUAUCACCCUAGUUUUAAAACUCAAUUAUGAUUGUUGGUUAAUAUACAGUACUUUAUUUAUCUUAAUGCUUAUGGGAAACUCUUAUUUUGGUUUUGAUUGUAGCAAUGCACCUUCAUGUUGACAGUGGCCUGAGAUCUCAAUCACUGCUGUAUGAAAAUAAAAAUAUUUUAUU